AUGGGUUUCAUGGAAUUCUACCUGGAGAUUGACCCCGUCACCUUGAACCUCAUCAUCCUGGUCGCCAGCUAUGUCAUCCUCCUCCUGGUCUUCCUCAUCUCCUGUAUCCUGUAUGACUGCAGGGGCAAAGACCCCACCAAGGAGUACGCCCCCGACAACACGCCGGCGCCGCCCAGCCAGUCGCCCAUACGCCUGGUGGUCAUGCAGAACUCGCCCGCCUCCUCCCGCUACGAGCCCAACAACACGGCCGGGCAUGAGCUGCCGACGCCGGACCUGAGCCGGGACAGAGGGGAGAGGGAGCGGGAGAGAGAGAGAGAGCGGGAGAAGAGGAGUACUCUGGUUUAAAGAAGACGGUGAAGGAUGACCAUGAAGUGCUGAUGUUUCACUUUGAACAUUUUGUUUUUAGUCCUGAACUCUUAUUUUUACUUUAAGAACCCCUGGAUGGUGUUUAGGAGCCGCUGAAUGCAUCAGCAGGAGGUAGUUAAAGUCUCUUGAAAUCCCACCAUCGGCCUGAUUGGAUAGUCUUCUGGUGAAAGGACUACAUCUACAUAUCCAGUCCAGAAGAUCGGACUUCAGCCUGGUCACUGAGGCGCCGUCUUCAAGGAAAGGUGGACUACGCCACACCAGGAGCUGCUAGUCUCUUCAUGUCUCUGUCAGUGGAUUCAGACUCCAGCUAGAGCAGAGGACUUCUGAGUGGAAGCUGAAGGAUCCUUAACAUGUUAGAUGCAUGAAACCGUAAAACAAAGAUUCCCAAGGAAGCAGCUUCACUGGUGACCACAACCCACCGCCGUAAACGCAGGUUUUAAAGCAGGCGUUUCUGUUUUUGACACAUUCAGCCAGUGAACUAGUCAGCAGUCUUGUGUUCGUGUUCUAAAACAAUGAAAAGCAACAGCUACAGAAGUUAUUUGGUGGAUCAGUUGGGGCGUAUUUAACACUCAAACGCACAAGUAUGAGGUGAGGACGAUGUUGCUCUUGUCUAGAAGGACUCGGCCUGCAGGAGCUCAUCAGGAAACAUGCAGUCAUGGCGGCGUUGGCUUGCGUGUUAACAAGUCCAGGCUGCAAGACUUCAGACUGAUUCUCGGUGCAUGCAUGCAGUGAGAAUCUUCCUAGCUGUGUGCAUCUCUGGGAUGGGAUAGACAGAAAAAACAUGAACAUCCUAAAGACCCCGAACGGUCCAGUCUGGAUCCUGAACUGCUUUGCAUUGAUGACCAAUGAAUGGAGAAGACUAAACACUGGCACUGAGCGGGGAUAUCUCUGCUGGUCUCUGAGAAUGGCCGUGUGCAGAUCAGAUUAACCGUCUUUCAUUCUAAACAUCAGAAGCAGUGGUUACCGUGCACAUUUGUUUGCCGGGCUUAAUCUCACUUCCUUCCUAAAAACGACAAAAUCCUCCCCCACCAAAAGGCUCUCGCCUCCCACGUCAGGUCGUCCCGGCCGCUCAUUGGCCCUGGCACCGGCGGACAGAUGAUCCAACCCCAGUCUUUAGCCGACUCGUGCCACUGAGGCCUGGACCGGGACAAAUCCUCUUACAUAAAAGAAGCCGGCCAGCUGAGCAGCCCUCCAAUGGCUGCGGCCCAUCCAUAAUAUGAAUUGCACAAUUAUCCGCCUCCCCCCGUCCAUAUUUCAUGUUUGUGGAUUAAAUGGUGACUGCAGCAGAGUAUUAGGAGCCUGUAUUAUGGAUUUGUUUUUGCCCUGUGCUGUUUUUUUGUCCGCUGGGAGGCUUAUGUAAGCUUCAGGUUGUCAACAGGAGCAGAUUUUCGGAGAGUUCAGGCCUGACCUGACGGCGCAUCAGACGCCUACAUGUGGAUCUGAUGUGGCAGCAUGCACCGCUAAAGAAGCCACCAAAAACUGGACUCUUCUGUUCGCCUGUGACGUCCAGAUUAAACCGUCCAUCCUGAUACUGGAGGAAAAAAGACUUCUAUGUGUGGACUGUUCUAGAUCAUGACUUCUCUGGUGAAAGGAACCAAAAAUGACGGAUCUACUGAUUUCUCUUCAAGGCGGUCUGUGACAGAAAAGUCUGAGCUGCUGAAAAAGACUAACCGUCUGAUUUCAUGAGCUCAUAACCGCAGAAAUCAUGCAGAACAUUAAUGAGCCGAUUUAUGCCACACAUUCACCAAUCUGUUUUAGUCAUUCAGGCAAAUUGUUGAAAAAUACCUUUGCAAGAGCCACAAUCUGAGGGGUGAAAGUAGCAAAGAAAAGCUUAAAGUAGCAAUAACAGUAAGCUAAAGGAGGCAAAAAAGGUCAAAAAGCAACAAAAAAUGGGGAGGAAAACAGGGAAAAAGGGUCAGAAAUGGGUGAGAGAGAAGUGACAAAAGAUGGGUUACAGGGGGAAGAAAAAGGUCCAAAAGUGGAAAAAAUGUGGC